AUAUGUGAUGUUUGAAGACAUGUUUGGGGCACGGGUGGAAACUAUAGCCCUUCAAUCCCUGGAGAUUGGAAGCAAUGUAGCCCGGUCAGUAGUCGAUGCAUGGGCGCACGUCCUCAACGGUGACCCAAAAUUUUCAAUCCCCGGGAUGCCUAGACGCUUGUUUUGCGUCCACACAGCCGUGGUUGACUGGAUGUUAAGCUUGGAGACAGACCCUGAUGGGGGUCGCGUGUCUGCGUUUGAAUGUGGGCUCAAGAGUAGCCUGGCCGGGCGACAUCACCUGCUGGACCUGCGAGCGUUCGACAUGGUCUUUGUGACAAUGCUAGAGGGAGACCACUACUACCUUGUAGUUUUUGAUUUGGAGGCCGAGUGCAUACACCUCGUUGACCACUUGGGCGACAGGGGGUCUGGGGCAUUGUUAAGGGAUGACGACAGCUAUAUCAUGAAGUCAACACCGUUUAAAGUGGUAUGUGUUGCAUGUUUUUUUUCCUAGUACUGAUAUUGUAUUUUUGUCCUUUCUGGUAUAAUUAAAGCUCAGGUCGUGUUACGUCUGA